UUCCCCCAGCAGAGAAGAGAAGGAAAGAAGGAAGAGGGGGGGAAAAAAACAAAACCAAAGAGAAAAACCAGUCUUCCUUCUCUCUUAGGAAUUUCAGCAGUCAUAUUACAAUGGCGUCUCUCAUGUCUUCUCCUUUCACCAUACCAGCUGCGAAAACAGAACACUUCUCCUCCCUCACUCAAAAACAUUCCUUCCUCCACUCCUCUCUAUCCAAGAAGCAAAGACCCACCAGACCCAACUUCAGAGUAAGAUGUACUGCAAUUGGCAAUGGUCUAUUCACCCAAACGACGCCCGAGGUCCGUCGUAUCCUCCCUGACAAGAACCGCAACCUACCAACAGUCAAGAUCGUCUAUGUAGUCCUGGAAGCCCAAUACCAAUCAUCCCUCUCAGCUGCGGUCAGGACCCUCAAUGCCGAAAACCGCAACGCCUCCUUCGAAGUCGUGGGCUACUUAGUUGAAGAACUCCGUGACGAAUCGACUUACCAGACAUUCUGUAAGGACCUUGAGGAUGCCAACAUUUUCAUUGGGUCAUUGAUAUUCGUCGAGGAGCUUGCGUUGAAGGUGAAGGAUGCAGUCGAGAAGGAGCGAGACAGGAUGGAUGCCGUCCUCGUCUUCCCUUCGAUGCCUGAAGUAAUGCGGCUGAACAAGCUUGGUUCUUUCAGCAUGUCGCAGCUUGGGCAGUCAAAGAGCCCAUUUUUUCAGCUCUUCAAGAGGAAAAAACAGUCGGCCGGGUUCGCUGAGAGCAUGUUGAAGCUCGUGAGGACGCUGCCGAAGGUUCUUAAGUACUUGCCAAGCGACAAGGCUCAAGAUGCGCGGCUAUACAUCCUCAGCCUUCAAUUUUGGCUAGGUGGGUCGCCUGAAAAUCUGCGGAAUUUCGUGAAAAUGAUUGCUGGUUCUUAUGUCCCAGCACUGAAAGGGAUGAAAAUCGAGUAUUCGGAUCCAGUUCUGUUCUUGGAUAGUGGAAUUUGGCAUCCUUUGGCACCGUGUAUGUAUGAGGAUGUGAAGGAGUAUUUGAAUUGGUAUGGAACUCGGAGAGAUGCUAAUGAGAAGCUGAAAGGGCCUAAUUCACCUGUAAUUGGCCUGGUUUUACAGCGGAGCCACAUCGUGACAGGUGACGACAGCCAUUACGUGGCUGUGAUUAUGGAAUUGGAAGCGAGAGGGGCGAAGGUGAUCCCAAUCUUCGCCGGUGGGCUGGAUUUCUCAGGGCCCGUUGAGAGGUACUUGGUUGAUCCGAUUACCCGGAAGCCGUUUAUUCAUGCAGUGGUGUCGCUGACUGGGUUUGCGCUUGUCGGUGGGCCAGCGAGGCAGGAUCAUCCAAGGGCCAUUGAGGCAUUGAAGAAGCUUGAUGUGCCUUAUAUUGUAGCAUUACCGCUGGUGUUCCAGACGACGGAGGAGUGGCUGAUAAGUAGCUUGGGGUUACACCCAAUUCAGGUGGCGCUGCAGGUUGCGCUUCCGGAGCUCGAUGGUGGGAUGGAGCCUAUUGUAUUCUCUGGUCGGGAUGGACGAACAGGGAAAUCACAUGCACUUCAUAAGAGAGUGGAGCAGCUGUGCACCAGAGCAAUCAGAUGGGCGGAGUUAAAGAGGAAGUCUAAGGAAGAGAAGAAGGUGGCAAUCACAGUAUUCAGCUUCCCACCAGAUAAAGGAAACGUCGGAACAGCUGCCUAUCUCAAUGUCUUCGCCUCCAUCUUCUCCGUCGUGAAGGAACUCCAACGGGAUGGAUACAACGUUGACGGCCUCCCGGAAACAUCCGAGGCCUUGAUUGAAGAUGUAAUCCAUGACAAGGAGGCCAAAUUCAGCAGCCCCAACCUCAACAUUGCCUACAAGAUGAAUGUCCGUGAAUACCAGAAACUCACGUCCUAUGCCUCAGCUCUCGAAGAGAGCUGGGGAAAGCCACCAGGCAAUCUGAAUUCGGAUGGUGAGAACCUACUCGUCUAUGGCAAGCAGUAUGGCAAUGUAUUCAUCGGAGUUCAACCAACAUUUGGAUAUGAAGGUGACCCGAUGCGUCUUCUCUUCUCAAAGUCGGCGAGCCCCCACCACGGCUUCGCAGCCUACUACUCAUUUGUAGAGAAGAUCUUCAAGGCCGACGCCGUGCUGCAUUUUGGGACUCAUGGCUCAUUGGAAUUCAUGCCAGGGAAGCAAGUAGGCAUGAGUGAUGUUUGCUACCCAGAUAGCUUGAUUGGAAACAUCCCAAACAUCUACUACUACGCCGCCAAUAACCCGUCUGAGGCGACGAUUGCUAAGCGUCGGAGCUAUGCCAACACAAUCAGCUAUCUGACCCCGCCGGCAGAGAAUGCUGGCCUCUACAAAGGCCUAAAGCAACUCGCUGAGCUGAUCUCCUCCUACCAAUCACUCAAGGACACCGGCCGUGGACCGCAGAUUGUGAACUCGAUCAUCAGCACUGCAAAGCAAUGCAACCUUGAUAAAGAUGUCAGCCUACCUGAAGAAGGAGUUGAGCUGACAGGGGCAGAGCGGGAUCUCGUCGUCGGGAAGGUCUACUCCAAGAUCAUGGAGAUCGAGUCCCGUCUAUUGCCAUGUGGGCUACAUGUGAUAGGUGAGCCACCGUCGGCAAUGGAGGCAGUCGCGACAUUGGUGAACAUCGCCGCUCUCGAUCGCCCGGAAGACGGUAUAUACUCAUUGCCGGGGAUCUUGGCCGAGACGGUAGGCCGGGAAAUUGAAAAUAUCUACAGAGGGAACGAUAAUGGUGUACUGCAAGAUGUGGAGCUGCUCCGGCAGAUAACCGAAGCAUCGCGCGGUGCCAUCUCGGCCUUUGUCGACCGGACUACUAACAAGAAGGGUCAGGUGGUUGAUGUAGCUGAGAAGCUGGGGUCCAUACUCGGGUUCGGUGUCAAUGAGCCAUGGGUGCAGUAUCUAUCCAACACUCGAUUCUAUAGAGCUGAUCGUGAAAAGCUUCGCACCUUGUUUGAAUUCUUGGGAGAGUGUUUGAAAUUGGUGGUGGCUGAUAACGAGCUUGGGAGCUUGAAACAAGCUCUUCAGGGUAGUUAUGUGUUGCCAGGGCCUGGUGGGGAUCCGAUCAGGAAUCCUAAGGUGUUGCCUACUGGAAAGAAUAUUCAUGCACUUGACCCACAGGCGAUCCCGACCGUUGCUGCAAUGCAGAGUGCUAAGGUGGUGGUGGAUCGGUUGCUUGAACGACAGAAGGCUGAUAAUGGUGGAGAGUAUCCAGAGACGGUUGCGCUUGUUUUAUGGGGUACUGAUAAUAUCAAGACUUAUGGAGAGUCGUUGGCUCAGGUGAUGUGGAUGAUUGGUGUGCUGCCUGUCGCUGACACGUUCGGUCGUGUGAAUCGUGUGGAGGCUGUCAGCCUUGAGGAGCUUGGACGGCCUAGGAUCGAUGUUGUCGUGAACUGCUCUGGUGUUUUCAGGGACCUCUUCAUCAACCAGAUGAAUCUCCUCGACCGGGCGGUGAAGAUGGUGGCCGAGCUCGACGAGCCCGAGGACCAAAACUACGUAAAAAAGCAUGCUCUCCAGCAGGCCGAAUCCUUGGGUGUGACUGUCCGCGAGGCCGCCACCCGUAUCUUCUCCAAUGCCUCAGGUUCCUACUCCUCCAAUGUCAACCUCGCCGUCGAGAACUCCUCAUGGAACGACGAGAAGCAGCUCCAAGACAUGUACCUCAGCCGCAAGUCCUUCGCGUUUGAUUCCGACGCUCCUGGUGCAGGCAUGACCGAAAAACGCAAGGUGUUCGAGCUCGCACUCAGCACCGCCGAUGCCACAUUCCAAAACCUCGAUUCCUCUGAAAUCUCCCUCACUGACGUUAGUCACUACUUCGACUCGGACCCCACCAACCUAGUUCAAACACUUAGGAAAGAUGGCAAGAAGCCGAGCGCCUACAUAGCUGACACAACCACAGCCAAUGCCCAGGUACGUACAUUGUCCGAGACAGUCCGGCUCGAUGCACGGACCAAGUUGCUCAACCCCAAGUGGUAUGAAGGGAUGAUUUCGAGCGGCUAUGAGGGUGUUCGUGAGAUCGAGAAGCGGCUCACGAACACCGUCGGAUGGAGUGCGACAUCAGGUCAGGUGGACAAUUGGGUGUAUGAAGAGGCUAACACCACAUUCAUUCAAGACGAGGAGAUGCUUAAGAAGCUGAUGAGUACUAAUCCUAACUCGUUUAGGAAGCUUGUGCAGACAUUCCUAGAAGCUAAUGGACGUGGCUAUUGGGAGACUUCAGAGGAUAACUUGGAAAAGCUGAGGCAGUUGUAUUCGGAGGUGGAAGAUAAGAUUGAAGGGAUUGAAAGGUAGAGAUUUGAAGUGUUCAAAGGAGUCUUUUAAUCUUUGUUUCAUUGAUUGCAGAAUUUUGGGUCUUUGUUGUUACUCUCUUGGGGAGAAUUGUAAGUGACUUUGGGAGUGAAUGUAUGUAGAACAUGGAAGUCUUUCAACCUUGAUUGUAAUGUGAUUCUUUUCUGCGGUCAGUUUGA